GAGAGUGAGCGCCGCCGGGAAGAAGGCGACCAUCAACACACAACACAAGCUCCUGAAGGCGUCGAAUCCCAGCACGUGUAACUCCUCAGUAUACCUGCAGGAGGCGUGAGAGGAGGUGCUGCUGCUACCAGCAACCACACUACCGUAUUCACCUCCAGUUGGUGGGGUCUGGGUUGUAUUUGAGGGCGUGGAGGAAGGUGCUUUUGGGGGGAAAGUGAAAGCCACGCCAGAGGAGCAGGGACGCCGCCGCCGCCAUGUCCUCCAGUGAUUUCUACAUCAGAUAUUAUGUCGGACACAAGGGCAAAUUCGGCCACGAGUUUCUGGAAUUUGAGUUUAGACCAGAUGGAAAGCUCCGGUAUGCUAACAACUCAAAUUACAAGAAUGACGUUAUGAUUCGGAAAGAGGCCUAUUGCCAUCGGUGCGUGAUGGAAGAGCUAAAAAGAAUUAUUGAUGAUUCGGAAAUAAUGCAAGAAGAUGAUGCUCUUUGGCCACAGCCGGAUCGCGUGGGAAGACAGGAGCUGGAGAUUGUCAUUGGUGAUGAGCACAUUUCAUUUACAACCUCCAAGAUUGGCUCGCUUGUGGAUGUCAACAAUUCAAAGGAUCCUGAUGGCCUGAGGUGUUUCUACUACCUGGUGCAAGAUCUCAAGUGUCUUGUCUUCUCUUUGAUUGGCCUCCACUUCAAGAUCAAGCCCAUUUAGAUUGACAUUUUAUAACAUAAGGAUAUGUACUAUGCGGAUUGUUUUGAAUUAUUAUUUCGACAGUUCUGGAGAAAUUCAUUUCGGUAGUUCUCAUGUGCCGUUUUGUAAAUGUGAAUUUUUGCGAUUUUAAAAAUAUAGUCCCUGUUUGCAAAAUUUGUUAAGUUAAAAAUUGUCAGUGUGUUUUAAGCAAUUUAAGAUUUAUAUAAGUAAUUCUUACAUACAGUACUUCAUAUUAACAGAUUUUACGUUAUUAAACAUUGACAAAGGAAUAGCUUUAUGAAUUUCUCUGUAUUAAUGAUGUAAUAUUGGCCUCCUCAGUGACCACGCACAUCCUCGAUCAUUUGUACUUUGGAAAUACCAGAUUUAAAAGUCACGUCAGAUCAUUUAUUCACCAGUUUAUUGUAUUUUAAUAUCACUCUGUCUGAAAUCUUAUCAUAAUUUUGUUUAUGACCAAACCAAUGUUGGACAGUAUAAUUUUGUUUUCAUAUUCGUAUAAAGUGUAUCUUGGCAAAUCUGCCCAAUACUUGAGUGAACGGUAAUUUUUUAAAGACUGUAAUAGCUGGGUUAUGUUUCUUCAUGGUUGCAAAUAUUGCCACUUGCAUUCAUUUUGUUAGUGUAUUAGAUACUAGUGGACUAUACCACAGGGUUAGUAAACACCUAAAGGUCUUUUACCACAAGAAUAUUUUUUUCCUGUCACUUUUUUGUAGAAAAUAUAUGUGCCUUAUGUUG